AUGUGGCCUCUGGAGUGUCCCAAGAAUAAAAGUUCAUCAUCGUCAUCAGUUGGAGCAGCAGAAAGAUCAGUUGAUAAUGGAGAAAAACUUCAUUCUCCUUUUGCCGAUCACGCUAUACUGGAAAACAUACGUGUAUUGGGCAUCAAAUUGUGUGUUGGUGUUGGUGGUGGCAUUGUACCUGUAACGGAGAAAGUUCUUUAUUUAUAUCGAUAUUCACUCAUUCCUUUACACAGGAUAUCGUUAUUUAAAGACAAAGUGCGAAGCGAAAACACGUACUGGCCUUGUGAAAAUCCUUCAACCUGCAAUGGGCGUGCUGUUCAAAUGGGAGCUGAAGUCCCAGUUGUUUCAACAUCGCAUAAUCAUGAAGUGAAUGUAGAGCGGAAUGAACGAGAGGAAUUCCGUACAAGUUUGAAACAGCGUAUUCGAGAAGAACCAGUAUCAGAAGAAGCAGUUGGGAAAUUGUUUCAUUCGGAAGAUUCAAAGAACAAGUCCAGAUAG